AUGGAUACCGUGCGUGCUACUGUGCCCGAAGCCGAAAAGGCAUCCAAGGAAAAGCAAAAUGCAGCAGCUGCUGAGUACGUUGACCCCAAGAAGUUAGGGCAUGGAGUGCGUGGCACUAACCCUACCAGACCCGUUCCGCCUGCCCCUACGGGGUCCACUCAGUCCGAACGCCGCCAGGGCUCUUCCCAACCCGCGCAACGACGGAAGCUUCAGAAGAAGCCCCCGGGCCCUUCGAAGCCCAUAAAUAACAAUUAUCGGACAAUGAGACCGAUUGGGGAAUACCCAUCGAUUACGGAGUACCGAGCUGCUGGCGUGACUCCUCCUUCUGAACGGCCCCACCGCGUCGCGACCGUGCCGACCAACGUCCCGCGCGACGAAGCUGAACGCCUUUCCCCCAUUAGCGAGGUCGAGGGCCUGACGGCCGACAAGAGUCAUGUUGAGAUCGCUGAAGAAGCGGCACUUGCCUCAAUCUCGAGUGGAGUCCAGACCCUGGCCGAUGAGGCCAUUCGCAGCGUUACCACCAGGGCCGAUGCGGCCACUCCUACCCUCUCAAGCGCGGACGACACCAACAAGUAUGUCACCGUGCUGAUGUCUCUUCCUUUGCGCCCCUCCGACAAAUAUGACGUUCCCAAACUCCGGGCCGUCAUCAAGUACGCCAUAAUCCACGCAACCAACAACGGCAAUGAGGCGUCUGCCCUGGCCCUUCUUUACUUCUGGUCCAAUGCUGUGGAUGAUGAAUUCCAACUCUCUUUGGUCGCCAACAUCUCCAAGGGCGACGAAGGCGACGAUCAACUUCGACUUGCCCUCCAAUCUGUCCUCAACAACUCUAUUCCAGAUGCCCACAAGUGUGAAUCAAGCCUGCCAUCUGCCGACUCUGUUGACGCAGAGCCCAGCUUCAAGGUCUCUGACAUUUAUCGCGACACCAGUGGUCCUCGGGUUGAGGAGAAUUUCCUGAGUGGCAAGUCGAAUACCGCUCCGCUCAAACGACCCAAGAAGCCAUGCCGAGUCAAUGAGAAUGCCUACAAGCGUAAGCGCAAAUGGGAAAUGGAUCCUGACCAUGAGGGAAAGAUGCGAGCCGUGCGUGCUCGUCUUCAAGCCGAGUCUUACUCGGAAGCAGUCGUCCGGUACAGUGCAAUUCGAACUCGGAUUGGACCCCCAGACGCCAUCCAGCAUCCCUACAACAUGGACAACAUUGACACCGGUGUCGACGGGGACAUGGAAGAGAUCAAUCGUUCGCGUUCCCUUCCUGCGCCAGGUUCUAUCCUCGAUAUCCCUGUCGUCAAAGGUCCGGAGCCCGAGGCUCCUUCUGUUUAUUCCCCAUCUGCUUCGCUUAUCGGUCGCAAGACUGCGAAGCCCGUCUCGCGACGCCAGAAAGAGAAGGCCAAAGUCCCUGAGAUCCCACAGCGUGCACGGUCGCUCUCUGUUGAUACCACUGUCUCAAGUCUUUCUUCGCUUUCCAAUUCUGCUUACUCGGUCCGAUUUAACGACUGGACUGGCGGCCACGAGCCACGCCAAAUGCCAAAUUCUAUUGAACCCCCCGAGAACAGCGACGAUUGCCACCAAUGUGGAAAAGGUGGUGAUCUACUCUGCUGCGACACAUGCAUUAAUUCGUACCAUUUCGACUGCUUGGACCCUCCCUUGGAUCCCAAGAAUCCUCCGCAGGGAGAGUGGCACUGCCCCAAGUGCUCCAUCCGCAACAGUUUCUCCACCUUGAUCGCACACUCGAAACAUUACAAGAAGACCGAGUUCCAACCUCCCCAGGAUGUCAAGGAACAUUUCGAUGGAGUGGAUGAAGGAGUCGUCUUUGAAAAUGAAUAUGCCCGGAAUUUGAAGCACCAACGCUACUACAAGCCCGCGCCCCACCUGCCGCGGCUGACUAAACCACCCAAGCAGGACGGCCCUGUCACUUACGCGAAUCCCAUGCUUCUCCGAGAAUACGACAACAAGGGAGACUGCAUCCGCUGCUCCAAGUGUGGUUUUACAUCCCAAGGUACACGUCCCAUUAUCACUUGCGACUACUGUCCCUGCCGUUUCCAUCUGGAUUGUCUUGAUCCUCCCCGCGCCAAUCCCCCCUAA